GGAUGUGAACCCACGCAUCGGGGACAUCCUGCAGAAGCUAGCCCCUUCCUGACCUCUCCUCUCUCCCCCAGGGAUGUGAACCCACGCAUCGGGGACAUCCUGCAGAAGCUAGUCCCCUUCCUGACCUCUCCUCUCUCCCCCCCCAGGGAUGGAUGUGAACCCACGCAUCGGGGACAUCCUGCAGAAGCUAGCCCCUUCCUGAAGAUGUACGGAGAGUACGUGAAGAACUUUGACCGGGCCAUGGAGCUGGUCAACACCUGGAUGGAGAGGUCGUCCCAGUUCAAAGCCAUCGUCCACCAAAUCCAGAGAGAGGAGCGCUGUGGUAACCUGACCCUACAGCACCACAUGUUGGAGCCGGUUCAGAGGAUCCCUCGCUACGAGCUGCUGUUGAAAGACUACCUGCACCGUCUCCCUGGCGACCAUGAUGACUUUAAGGAUGCCCAGAAAUCUCUGGAGUUGAUCGCCACAGCGGCAGAGCACUCCAACACAGCCAUUAGAAAGAUG